CCCCCCCCCCUCCCAUCUCUCUCCCUCCCUCUCCCUAACACAUCCUCAACCUCCGAUUUAUUAUCCAUAACGCAGCAACCACCAAUGCCGGAGCCACCUUGCACGGCCGAGGCCGCCGUCACCUCCCCAACCCCGUCGCCGGCCUCCCCGUCUUCCUCCUCCGGCUCGUCCUACGUGUCGAACCCCGACCCGCUGUCCGGUCGCGAGCCGAAGGAGAAGGCCAAGAGCGAAGGCCGGCCGAUGGCCAAGCGAGGUCGGGACGGGAGCAAGCACCCGGUGUACAGAGGGGUCCGGAUGCGGAGCUGGGGCAAGUGGGUGUCGGAGAUCCGCGAGCCCCGCAAGAAGUCGCGCAUUUGGCUCGGCACCUUCCCCACCGCGGAGAUGGCGGCCCGCGCCCACGACGCGGCCGCGCGGAGCGUGAAGGGCGAGUCGGCGGUGCUGAACUUCCCCGGCCUCGCCGAGCUCCUGCCCCGGCCCGCGUCGCUCGCGCCCCGCGACGUCCAGGCCGCCGCGGCGAGGGCGGCCACCAUGGACGUCGGCGCAGCAAUGCCAGGAUCGUCGUCGCCGCCGCCAUCAUGCUCUUCCGAGGCCGCGGAGCCCGAGGAGCUGGGCGAGAUCAUCGAGCUGCCCAACCUAGAAGGCGGGUUCGGCCUCGGCCUCGGCUUCGGGCCAUCCGGGUCGUCGUCCGGCGAUGUGCUGUUGGCCGACACGGUGGACUACGGCGGCUGGGCGGAGGAUCAGCCACGGUGGCUGAUCGGGAGCGAAGACGCCGACUUUGGUGCGGAGUUCUUUCAUCAGCGAUUGGCGGCGGAGAGCAGUUACCCUCCAGAAUUCGAAGCGCUCGACCGGGAUUAAUUACGGCUAAAUUUUUUAGGUGCUUCUCAUUUUUAUUUUUAUUUUUGCCUCUUUCUUCUUCUUCUUUUUUUAAUUUUUAAUUCCUUGGGAGGCCAUAUAAAAUACUAUAGUUUUCCAGAUUUUCUCUGUACGAAUCAUGUCAUAUCUGUCCCUAAGCUAUAUGAUUGCUAACUGAUUUUUCUUCGAUC